CGAAGGCUUUCUGAUUGGCUGCUGCGGGACGGUUGGUGAAGAAGCAUCUUGCGGCUCGCGCUGUGCCAGCUGUCCUCGCGCACUCGGCUGGUGCUGGGCAACGGAGAGUGAGUAAGAAGCUCCGGCUGUGGAAGGUCUGGAAACCUGGAAAAAGGGACUAUGGCUGCCAACAUGGGGUCCAUGCGUAUCCUUAUCAAGGGAGGGAAGGUGGUGAACGAUGAUUUCACCCACGAAGCAGAUGUCUACAUUGAGAAUGGCAUCAUUCAGCAGGUUGGAAAAGAACUGAUGAUACCAGGCGGGGCCAAGGUGAUCGAUGCCUCCGGAAAGCUGGUGCUGCCGGGUGGAAUAGACACCAGCGUGCAUCUGCAGGAAAGUUUCAUGAACGCCAGCAUCCAGGAUGACUUCUACAGUGGGACCAAGGCGGCUCUGAUGGGUGGUACCACCAUGGUGAUGGCUCUGGCCCUGCCUGAACAACACUGCUCCCUGCUGGACGCCUAUGAGAACUGCCGAGCCCUGGCCGAUGCCAAGGCGUGCUGUGACUACGCUCUGCAUGUCGGCGUGACCUGGUGGGGACCAAAGGUGCGUAAUGAGAUGGAGACCCUGGUGAGGGAGCAUGGGGUAAACUCCUUCCAGAUGUUCAUGGCCUACAAAGACAUGAUGAUGCUGAGGGACUCGGAGCUCUACCAGACGCUGCAGACCUGUAAGGACAUCGGGGCCAUCGCACGUGUCCACGCCGAGAACGGCGAGCUGGUGGCAGAGGGUGCCAAAGAGGCUCUGGAUUUGGGCAUCAGUGGACCAGAGGGUAUUGAGAUCAGUCGACCAGAGGAGCUGGAGUCUGAGGCUACUCACAGAGCUGUCACCAUUGCCAACAGGGCCCGCUGCCCGAUCUACCUGGUGAAUGUAUCCAGUAUGUCUGCUGGAGACAUGAUUGCUGCUGCCAAGAUGCAAGGUAAGGUGGUCCAUGCAGAGACCACAGUAGCUCACGCGGUGCUGAAUGGGAUGCAGUAUUACCACCAGGACUGGACUCACGCUGCCGCCCACGUCAUCAUCCCUCCUCUCCGCCUGGACCCCAACACACCCAGCUACCUCAUGGGCCUGCUGGGCAGUGACACUCUGAGCGUUGUGGCGUCAGAGCACCGUCCAUUUAGCACCAAGCAGAGAGCUUUGGGCAAAGAGGACUUCACCAAGAUCCCUCAUGGAGUGGCUGGAGUCCAGGACAGGAUGAGUGUCAUUUGGGAGAGGGGAGUGGUUACAGGAAAGAUGGAUGAGAAUCGUUUUGUGGCAGUGACAAGCUCUAAUGCUGCAAAGAUCUACAACCUGUACCCACGCAAGGGCCGUAUCAUCCCCGGGGCCGAUGCUGAUGUGGUUGUCUGGGAUCCAGAUGCAACAAGGACGAUCUCCGUGAGCACGCAGGUGCAGGGUGGAGACUUCAACCUGUACGAGGGGAUGCGCUGCCACGGCGUUCCUUUGGUCACCAUCAGCCGAGGACGUCUUGUGUGUGAGAACGGUGUGUUCAUGUGCGCUGAGGGAUCCGGAAAGUUCUACCCACAGCGCACUUUCCCUGACUUCCUCUAUAAGAAGAUGGUGCAGAGAGAAAAGACUCAGGCUUAUAAAGGAGUUGUCAGGGAUCCAUACUCUGGUGAUGUGGCCAAGGUGGCAAACACUUUGAAGAAGGAGCUCGGUUUGGGCCCAAUAGAUGGAGAGACACCCAACAAAGGCUGUGCUAGUCGGGUGCACCAGGGGGUCAGAGACCUCCAUGAGUCGUCCUUUAGCCUCUCAGGGUCUCAGGUCGAUGACCACAUCCCGAAGAGGUCCUCGGCUCGGAUCCUGGCCCCUCCCGGCGGCCGCUCCAGUGGUAUCUGGUAAUCACUGGUGAUGAGCUUCAACCAUCCGAGCCUCCGUGUUUUGUAUAUUUCUGAAUAACCAGGAAAACUGCACUGAUUUAAAAUCACAGGAUUAAAGUUAAGAGGGGGAAAUAAAUUGAAGCAUGUGUCUGUGUCCAGUGACGACCUGAUGAUCAGUGAUUUGCCAAAGUGACUUUUACAAAUCUAAUUUGUGUCUUAAUUGGAGUGACUGACCUGAUUAAUUACAUGAGAGUGAAGGGCUAUCUAUGAAUUUAAAUAUUUUUCCAAAUUCAAGCUGAUCAUACUAACAUUGAUAAAGUCUGCUCAUGAGCACCUUGCUCAUAUCCCGUGAAGAAACAAAUUAAACAAACUGUGAAAGAUCAAAACCAGUACAGUUUUUGAUGGUUUCAACUGAAGUGAUGUCGACCGAAUUAUUUAAAAAUAGUAGAACUGGAUUCAGUGAAAUAUCUAUUAUACCCCUGUCACACACACCAACAUACAGUACACUGUAGACACCAUAGUUUUAAACUCGUAUGAAGAUGUGUGUGGAUUCUGUUUGUGAUUAAACCACCCACUGUGCUCGGCUUCCUGCUGCACCGUGAGUUCCUCUAACAGUGUUUUUGUUUCCAAUGGAUGAACUGUGCUGUGUGGUGAUGAAAUCCAACUGCUUCAAACACCAUGUGAUCUUACAGCUACACUCUCUUUAACAGAGUCAUACUUGACCCCAUCCAUUCUUGUACUUUCACUGCUUCUGACUAACACAUGUCCCACAAACAUCCCAACCUCACCUGCAACGUAGUAGGGUCUAUAGACUGAGUGAUGUAAGUAACCUGUGGGUUUACCUUGGAUUUUAACUCCAGUCCUAGUACUGAUCCCACAACAGCUAAAUGUAGGCGUUUCUGGAAACUUCAUCAUUUUUGUCAUACCUAUAGACUUUGCAAAGUGCUAGAACAUAGAGGAGAAGUCAGUUCAGUUUCUUGAAGGAAGGAUGAAGAGUAUGUGAUUUAAAGAUCACAGUGGAGAUAACAGAGGAAAAGUUGUCUGUUACUUUGCUACUGAUAAUACAUAACAAAAGAAUCAUGGUUGCUGUAAUUUACAUCAGUAAAAGUUAGCGCAGUGCCUUCUCACUUAUCUGAGAGAUCACUUAGAGCCUUCUGAGUGAAAACAGGAGCUGUUUGACUGCUGUAAACACUUGAGGCCUCAUUUAUCAAUAUGUGAGUAAAACAGGCCCAAGAACAUUGGUAUAAAUUACAUAAGCGUCCACACUGGUAUAUAGUGAAGAGUUAUAAAUCCUACCUAUUCUACAUUAAAACUGAUUCAUUUACACAAAGAAAUAAAAGGUCACCACCAUCCUGUUAACAGGCUGAGCAGUGUUAAAACAUGUAGCAGGCCAUAUACUAUGUUUUUGUUAUUGUCAACAAAUCCUAUGUAAAGACCAAAACAAACAAUGCAUUAGCUUGUCUUUCAGUACUUUCUCACUUCCGCAGCCUGUCUGAGACACUCACCUCUUCUGGUUCCUAUUGAAGGUGUAAAUCUGUAAACAUGGGUCACGAAUAAGGUUUAAAACUGGCUAGGUAAAUUGUUAAAAUGUCUGACCUCUGUUAGCGGUGGAUGAAUACACAUUUUGUGUACUAGUGAGUAUUUGCAGCAGCAGGACGGUGUGUGUGGGAUUGUCCCAUAAUGAGCUACAAUGUGUGUGUUCGUUGUAAUGAAGGAACAUGUCACCCAGUGUUGUGUGAUGUGGUUCAUUGUUUUUUUGAUUGUUUUUGGAAAAAUAAUGGAGCUCUAUGUCGCAGAGGAAUAAGCAAUAUCAUGCUUUGACUACACAGAUAGUUUGUUAAUUGGACUAAUUGUUGGUUUUGGUCUAUUUAUGAGAUUUAUUGACGAUAAUAAAAACUUUAUAUAGAGUACUUGUGGUGGAAGAACGUAGUAACUGAGACAGAAAAAGAAGACAAACAUUGCGGACAAUGAAGUUGAGGUGCUGUUUAAUAAGGUUCAUAAAUCAAUAACAUUUUAUUAUGCACUUUCACAAGUGGCUUGUCCAUAAAAGACUUUCAGAGCAAAAAAGUUGCUAGAUUCAAAUGAAACUCACCUGAAAAUAUUGGGUUGUCCAAUAGCUCUAGGAAAUAUAUUUUUAUUCUCACUUACUACCACUAAGAAUUUGUUAUGUGCACAUGAAUAUUUGUUGUUCUAAACAUUUGCACAUUGUCAAGCACAAGAACAAUUUGAUCAAAUUUUACAAACAAAGUUGUACACACUGUUGAUAAAUGAGGCCCUAGUUCGUGCAUAGCGGGUUUGAAAGUAAGAAACAGAAAUGAAUUUUUGUUGUUGAAUUUCAGUAGCAUCUCAUGGACUGCAUUUUGAAAGUAAACUUCCUAUUAGUAGGAAAAUAAAAUGGCAUUGUUAGAGGAGUAGUGUGUCUCCACAGAGCAGGAAGAUUGAGCUGCACAGGCUGAAGAAAACCACUGAUCCUCUCACCUCCUGAUGAUGUCUCAUUCCUGCCUAGCAGUAUUAUAUUUAUACAUGAUCACGUCUUCUUGCCUGUGUACUAUAUAUUUAGGAUGUUUGUUUGUUUUUUUAGUUGAAAGAAUAAAUGUGCCAAUGUGAAUCACCCGUGCCACACCAACACCCAUGCAUGAAGAGCACCACAUGGAGACGGAGGAGUGAAAUCUCUCCCACAGGUUCACAACAACUGGUGCUGUUUUAUACGAUUAACUACAACAACGUUAUUUUAUUGUUGGAUGGUUUUGUUGUUUUGAAGGCACUGUUACUGGUCAGUGGCUGUGUGUGUUUGUAGACUCUUGUUGUGUUGGACAGUGAACCUGUUUAAUCUGUAAGUGGCUGCUUGUUUCUUACCACAAGAAUAACAGCAAAGAAUAAAGUGGAAAAAAACCUA